AUGUCUGUUGCAGAGAUCUUCGAGAGAGUCGACAAAAACAAAGAUGGGAAAAUCUCAUGGGACGAAUUUGCUGAAGCGAUUCGCGCCUUUUCUCCUUCAAUAACAUCUGAAGAAAUCGAUAACAUGUUCAGAGAGAUUGAUGUCGACGGUGAUAACCAAAUCGACGUUGCGGAAUAUGCUUCUUGCUUGAUGCUUGGUGGUGAAGGAAAUAAAGAGGACGAAGACAUUGUUAUGAAAGAAGCUUUUGAUUUGUAUGACAUUGAUGGUGAUGGAAAAAUAUCGGCGAGUGAGAUUCAUGUGGUAUUGAAACGUCUUGGAGAAAAACAAACAAUAGCAGAAUGCAUUGCGAUGGUUCGAGCCGUUGAUGCAGAUGGUGAUGGCUUUGUGAGUUUUGAAGAGUUUAAGACUAUGAUGAGUUGUAACAACAAAAAAUUACAAUGAUUCUUCUCAGAUU